UAAGGUGUCUGCUAAUGUGUUUAUACAACGGGUUAUGAUAGGUAAUCGAGUCCUUCUACUCAUCGAAAUAGACAUAUGAAAGGAUACACACAUGCAACAGAAUUGAUACUUAUAACAACAAAUUAUAUUGCUUGGUAUCACGUCUUGGACAACAGGUAGGACGUCUAAGCACCUACUUGUUUCGCGUUUUAAAACAUCUUUUUCAAGAAAUUAUCAGAUCGGGAGCCUUUCCUGAGGAAUCAGUAAUGAAAAAUAUGAGUGAAGAACGAGAUUAUUCUGACAGUGAGGAGGACGUCAAUAUUGACGAUGACGAGGAAAGUGUUACACACAACACCUCCCAUUCCAUACAGACAAUGCUCACUGGAGGUGGAUGUCGCGAUUGUGGUUCAUCUUCUGAUGUUAUUCCAGCCAAGACGCCACAACGACCAUCUUUCCUCAUCACAGACAUUCUCUCAGAUUCACGUUAUAACAAAGACAAUUGUCAGGGAUUAUCUGGUAUCAUUAGUCCUAGUGACCAACGAGUGCCGUCAGUUAGUAGUGAUUCUGUCUACAGUGGCUCCUUAGAUUCACCACAAGAAGGUUAUACAGAUAGAUUACUAGGCCACCAUGAACAUACAACAUACAGUUCGAAAGUGAAAAAGCCUAGAAAGGCAAGAACUGCAUUCACAGAUCACCAGCUAAACAGUUUGGAAAAAAUUUUCGAACGUCAAAAAUACCUAAGUGUCCAGGAUCGGAUGGAGCUUGCUGCAAAACUCAACCUGACGGACACUCAAGUGAAGACGUGGUACCAGAAUAGAAGAACUAAAUGGAAGCGACAGACUGCUGUUGGAUUAGAACUUUUGGCGGAGGCCGGGAAUUUCGCUAGUGUACAAAGGAUGAUGGUGACGAACCCCUAUUGGUCAGGGUAUGGCGAACCUGCCUCUUCGUUUCUCCCUAAUGGACUUUAUCUACAACAUACGAACCAUUUAUCGCCGCCUGUACUGCCAACGAGGCCGCUUAUGCCUCCUGUUUUUCUUUAGAUCGCCAUCAUAAAUUAUGUACUAAGUAAUUAUAGAGACUUAUUGAUCAGAUUCCUGAUAAAACUGGAUUCCCUUACAAAUAAUAAGAAGAUGCCUUCAAAAUCAUGUCAACGGUUUAGAAGGGAAUUAGCUGAAAUGAUUAUGGCAAUGAUACGUGUUGGUAUGUUUAACGAGAACUGUUUUGUUAAAAUAUGUAUUGUUAUUCACUUUUAUGAUAAGAAGUUUAUGUUUAUAUUAAAUAUUUUAAAGAUA